AUGAUAUAUGCUUACGGAGGAGUGGUUGAUCAAAGUGUGCCAGCCUAUGCGAACCUUGAAGUAGGAAGCACCCUGUUUCAUUGGUUUGGUCACAUCUACUUUGUAAAUACUACGCUGUACGGAGUAUACUUUCGGACUUUGAAUAGCUUUGACAACAUCUAUCUCGACCUCUCCAAGCAACCAGGAAAAUGCAAGUUGGCCGAUAGCGGUCUGGGUUGGCGCCCAUCGGGCGGUGGCGACACUUUCACUCUUGAUAGCAGCAACAUUGGCGCAGCGCAGUGGAGUCGCGCUGCGAAGGGUUUUGAGCUUAAGAUCUUGUCGCGCAACUCGGGAGUGAUUCAACUGGAUGGAUUUGACCAGGAGGACUUCGAACGCAUGAGCAAAGCGUUCAAGAUUUGGUACGGUAUUAACGUGGAGACCCGAGAGCACGCACUGCGAGGAUGGAAUUGGGGCAAGACAGAAUUUACGAAAGCCGAACUCGCCUUCAACGUUCAGAACCGCCCCGCAUUCGAAGUCCCCUACUCUGAAAUCGCAAACACAAAUUUGGCUGGAAGGAACGAGGUCGCGGUGGAGUUUGCCCUGCCUACAGGAGAGGCAACCGAUGGAGCCGUGAAGCCUGGCAGCACAAAGAACCGGGGCCGCAAGGCCGCAGCGGGUCCCGAUGAGCUCGUUGAGAUGCGUUUCUACAUUCCCGGAACCGCUGUGAAGAAGGAGAAGGGUGAGGGCGCCGAGGGCGAGGAAGAGGAGAACGACGAGGAGGUUGAAGAACAAAAUGCCGCCAACCUCUUCUACGAGACUCUCAUGGACAAGGCUGAGAUUGGAGAUGUUGCGGGUGACACAUUUGCGACCUUCCUCGAUGUUCUUCACCUCACGCCCAGAGGACGAUUCGAUAUCGACAUGUACGAAUCAUCAUUCCGAUUGCGCGGAAAGACCUACGACUACAAGAUUCAAUACUCUGCGAUUAAGAAAUUCUUCCUUCUUCCCAAGAAUGACGACACCCACACGCUCAUUGUGCUUGGUCUUGACCCCCCUCUGCGCCAGGGUCAAACCCGUUAUCCUUUCCUCGUGAUGCAGCUGAAGCUGGAUGAGGAGAUCAGCCUCGAGCUCAACAUGACAGAGGACAUUAUGCAAAGUCAGUACAAGGACAAGCUGCAGCCGCAUUACGAAGAGCCGAUUCACCAAGUCGUCACGAAGGUCUUCCGUGGCCUCUCCGGAAAGAAGGUCAUUAUGCCUUCCAAGGACUUCGUCAGCCACCACGGUCACCACGGAGUCAAGUGCUCCAUCAAAGCCAACGAGGGUCUCUUGUACUUCUUGGACAAGAGUCUUAUGUUCGUCCCCAAGCCUGCGACUUACAUUCAGAUGGAGAACAUUGCUAUGGUCACCAUGUCCCGUGUGGGCGGCGCCGUCUCCGCUAGCCGCACAUUCGAUAUCACCGUUGGACUGAAGAAUGGUCUGGGUGAACAUCAAUUCAGCAACAUCAACCGUGAGGAGCAAAAGUCCCUGGAGGACUUCUUCAAGGCUAAGAGCAUCCGCAUCAAAAAUGAGAUGGCGGAGGAGGCAUCUGGGCUUAUCGCCGCUGCCCUUGACAACGACGCCAUGGGAUCCAGUGACGAGGAGGCUCGCCCAGACCGCGGCUCUGCGGAUGAGGACGAGUCCUCCGUUGAUGAAGACUUCGAUGCCUCGUCGGAGUCCGACGUGGCGGAAGAAUUCGACUCAGACCAUGAGAGUAGCGGUGGCAGCGAUGAAGAGAUGGCCGACGCUUCUGGCGGCGAAGACAAACAGGAGGAGGAGCGUCCCAAGAAGAAGACCAAGACCGCUCAAUAG